CAAUCGAUUAGAUCAUUACUAUAACGCUUUGGUUAAUAAACAAAUAAGGUCCUGGUUAACGUGAUGUAAAGUAUAUAGCGACAUUGAGUAUGUUUAGCUUAGAGCGUAUGCACAUUUGAGAUCAGUCAACCCAAGUCAACGCUCAGGCACAGACAAUGCAUCUUUCAAUUUACGGGUCGUUUAUAUUACUAGGAUUUUGGAUAAUUUAAAAGUUUGGGUAGUUUUCGAGAAGUUUUUGUGUUUAAAAACAACACUCGUGGAUAAUAGUAUUUGAAUUUUGGAUAAUUUAAAAGAUUUAGUGGUUUUGUUAAAACCACACUGGGGGAUAAUAGUACUUCAAUCUUGGAUAAUUAGUUAUGUCUUCGGUUCUUAAUGUUCUCAAAUCCGUGUUCAAAUGUAUUUACUCGCAAAAAAAUGGUGGAGGUGGUUAUUAAUUCAUAAAAGCAAAUUCUUUUUCUGUUGUGGUAUCUGUUGGAUAUGCAAAUUACUAUUUGGAAUGUAUUGUGGUUUUUGUGUUUAUACCUCGCCAGCCUCCUUGAUACCACCGGCGGGAAAGUGUCGGGUAGAUUUACAUCAGUUGGGUCAAGUUGAACCCAUUCCAUCAUUUGUGCCAGAAUUUUCAACAGCUAUCUCUGCUAACACACAUGUUAUGAAAGGGGGUGUUGGCAAACCAAGUAACUGUGAAGCCAGCCAGAAACUUGCCAUAAUAAUACCAUAUAAAGAUCGGUUGGAACAUCUGAAGAUAUUAUUAUAUAGAUUACAUAAUAUGCUGACUAAACAACUAUUACGAUAUACAAUAUUUGUAGUUGAACAGGUUAACAAUGGUCUAUUUAACAAAGGACGAUUGUUGAACAGAGGUUAUAUAGAAGCCUUGGGGAUUACCGACUUUGAUUGUUUUAUUUUCCAUGAUGUUGACAUGAUUCCAGAAAAUGACCAAAAUCUGUAUAUGUGUGAUGAUUACGCCCGUCACUUGUCACCAGCAGUAGAUGAAAUGGGUUAUAGUCUGAAGUACUAUAAAUUGGUUGGCGGAGUCCUCGCCAUAAGAUCAAGGAAUUUCUUGAGGAUAAAUGGUUAUUCUAAUGGCUACUGGGGAUGGGGAGCUGAAGAUGACGACUUAGCUAACAGAAUAAUCAGUUCCGGAAUGUUGAUAUCCCGGCCGCCUAAUUCUAUAGGCCGAUACACUAUGAUAAAACAUUUAAAAUCACAUAAAUCUCCAAUACGACACAAACGACUUGAUAAAUGGCGGGAAAAUUGGAACGAUGGACUCAAUAUAGUUUUCUCAAAGACCAAGAUCGCAUAAAAUGUGUGUAUGAUGCAAUCCUUCGGGCUGAGCAAACUGAACCUUUUUAGUCAUCAUCAGUCCUGUGUUGGAACUUCUUAGAUGAAGGCAUGCGAAAACCAAGAAAUCCAAUAACCACCUAGGACAGAAAUCAGAUCAUCCGUAUCUCAUUAGGGAGAAGCAACGAAAGUAGUCGUGGGAGGCAAUCAAAACGGAAAGAACUAAAGGAAAGCUUAUGUUGAGAUUGACUGAUUUUAGAACAGUUUGAACUAAUAUAUUGUCUUUUAGUCUUGUGUUUUUAUGCCAAGUUACUAUAGUUCCCAUAGCAACACAAUACAGCAACUACUGUCGAAUUUAUUUUAAAGAUGCAUUAUAUAAGAGCUAAAUCUUCCUAUUGCAGGUCUUUUUUCUGGCUUCAAAUCUUACAUAAAUUAUUAUUUAGACAUUUAUCACAUGACAACUCACUAGAACAUCGAAUGGCCGAGAUUUAAAUAGAUUUGACCAUCCGCGAGAUUCAAUACUUUAUCCAUAAAAAUGAUAAUCGAGAUUAAAUCUCGCUUGUCAAGGACCCUUGAUACGAUAAUAAACGAUCUACGCUGCAUCUUCAAACAGUCAUAACUUCGCCCAGAAUAUAUUCAAUGAUCAUUAUCUUUCUUUUUGUAACUAUUAUAACAUGAACGAUCAUCAUUCUAUCUAAAUCUUACAUAAUGCAUUUUUAACUAUAUAUAUAUUAUUUAUAAUUUUUUAAAGAUAUAUUUUAUUCACUAUAAAUGAAUAUAGGGGAAUAGGCAAAACGCUAGCCGCAUGCAUACUACUGUGUUUCUUUCCUCAAUAUUUUAAUUUCUGUAUAUACUAUCUUAUCAUGUUUCUAUAUUAUGGGUAUAUACAAAGAAUAAUUCGCAUUAGAUUUGUCUGCAUUAUUAACCCCGUAAAGCCUCAGAAGAAGAAGAAUUGUCUGCGAUCUCACCCUUGUCAGAAGUGGACGUUAAGCCUCCCAAACCAUCUGCCUUAUGACUUUAUUUGUCUACGAUAUCAACCUCGGUGGAAGCGGCUUUAAGCCCUACAAACCAACACCAUUUAAUGUUAUUUAUUUGUGUUUAUAUGUUUGAUGACGACUUGCAUGAAAUCUGAUUAAAUCGCUGUAGUGUAAUAAACCAUAAUAAUUGUUGUCCAUAAUGUGUAUUUUACAUCAUCUGUAUGUAUUAUGUGUACGAUGAUGCCUAAAAAUACUUAAAUUUGUUUUAAACAAUGCCAUUGUAGGGUGACCCACGCACCUACAGAAAUACAGUCAACCGCUGAUAGUUCGAGACUACCACUGAAGCGUGCACAUUCGCCGUGUCGAGGCCAACUUUCUGACAGUAUGAUACUAUAAAUAGCCAUGGCACGUGCAAUUCUCUACAAAUCUAUCAACUAUUACAGCCGUAAAAAAAUUAUUGUUGACGAUUUUGAAAGCAGUAAAAUUAAGCUUCUUGGUUAUUACAGCAGAUUUAGAAAUUACGUUCGUUUCAUUUUUUAAAUCGCUUUAUCAUUAACUAUACCGUUAAGAGCGGCAUCUUUUGGUUUAGUACAAAUAAUAUCUCUGAAACACUCGGGUUAGACAGGAACAUGAUACUAUCAGUAGUUUCAUUUUACUUUUACAAGCUUCUUAAAACAAUUGUUGAGCUAGCUAACGUGCUCAUUUCUAAAUUCAAUUUCUUGUUCUAGCUUUCUGUUAUGUUUCGUAAAAAAGUAGUCUUGAUUAUCCCGACCUGUCAAUCAGCCCUAGAAUGGUCGAUAGACUGGUUAAGCGAGACUAAUUUUAAAACAAGGGCACGUAACCUAUCUUUUACUCAAAAGUGUCUGGAUGUUAUGGACGACACAUGGAACCAGUUUUCAGUCUAUUAUUUAUACAUGAUUAAUGGUCAUAGCUUAUUAAGUACAACAUGAUCGUUUAUUUAGUGACUAUAAUUGUGUGAAACUGAUUUGAGGCUUGGCAUAUAUAUAAAUAUUGUGGCGAAAUUGUCGAGAUAUAUGGAGAUAUUUAUUUAUGGUGGGUCACCCUAACAAUGCUGUCUUUUUUAUGUUUAUGUUUAUUUUAGAAUGUUUCAUUGAAUAAUUUGAGUGUCAAAUAAAAGAAAGUUAGACUGUU